GCGCUGGAAGACCGGGUAUUUGUGGAAUACGGCGAAAAAUCGUUCUGCGCACUGACCUCAACAUUGCACGUGGUGAAGCGCGCCUGGUGAACCUCUCGGCUCGCUGUGCCCAAUCUCCUCCGCCAGGUGAUCAUAAGAGACGACAUCGAGCACAAUGCUUGCGUUCAACUUCAAAAAGUUCCUGCAAAGCGGCCAGUACUCGGACGUGGAAUUUUCCGUAAAACCAGAAAAGUUUCCCAUCUCAAAGACAUUCAAGGCCCACCGGCAGCUGCUGGCACUGCGGAACGAGGUGUUCGCCGCCAUGUUUUACGGUCAGCUCCCAGAAAAGGAUGUCGUAGUCAUCACAGACCUUCACCCCGAUGGCUUUUACGGCCUUCUAAAGUACUUGUACACCGGAAAGCCCAAGAUCAAAAGCACGAAGGAAGCAAUGUAUACAAGAACUGCGGCCGACAAGUACCUUGAACCGUACUUAGCCCUAAGCUGUUCGGAGUACAUCAGGGCUCACGUGACAGCCGAGCAGGUGUGUCACGUGAUCGACUACUCCCUGCUCGCUGGUGGCAGGGAUGUCGACAGUGUCGCGGGACGACUUCUGGAAGAGCACCCCGAGGCUGUCCUGGCGUCUGAUGCUUUCACCGACUGCUUGCAGGAGACUGUACACUUCGUUCUGGACAAGGUGACUAACGUGCCGGAGAUGUCCGUGGUGCUCGCAGUGCACAGAUGGGCGCAGGCGUUCUGCCAGAAGAUCACCACCACAAACGACAAGCCCGUCGACGUCAAGACCGCCAUUGCCCCGUUCAUGCCCAAGCUUCGAUUCCUGGCGCUCACACCAGAGGAGUUUAUCAACUUUAAUGCGAGUGGCGAAACGCGCGGGUUGCUAGACAAGGACGAUGCGUUUGCCAUCAUGAGUGCUAUUUCGAACAACACAGCGUUCGGGUUGCCAUCAUGGACUUGCAAGGAGACAAAGCCACGUUCAGACACCAAAGUGGAGAGCUGCUAGCUGCUUUUCA